AUGAAUCGUCCGACGGCGCCUCGUGGCCGGGGCUUGCCGCGCUCACGGGGGAUGAUCUUCAACACGUCUCCUAACCCCGAGCUAUCUCGCCGCUCAACUGCGGGUACUCCUCAUAGUCUCCGCAGCUCCCGCAAAUGGAGUGAUCGACGCUCCUCACGAACACCUGGUCUAGCGCUUCCCCAGCCCAACUCGCGGCAAGAGCUGUCUCGAGACGCAACCUGGCAGACUGUCUCAUGGUCUAGUGAACCGCCUUUGGAGCUUCCGACUCUAGACUCAGAACUCCAAGACUGGUGCACGAAGAUACUUGAAUAUCUCGAAUGCGAAAGCCUGGAAAUUUCUCCGCCGUCUGAGGAUACUACGGAUAUACAGAGCCGGGAGACCAGUUGGGUGACGGAAGCGGAAAGCUCACUACCGCACCUCGAUAUCUUGAAUUGGAUAGAACAACAACCUCCGACUCGCUCGCUCUCACUGAGCGGUAAGGGCGUCAAGCAACAGCGCCGCAACGCGACUGUCUUCGCCUUGCCGAAAGUCUCGCUGGCCAAUCCAAGGGCAUCGUCCGCCGAGUAUACAUGUCAAACCUCAACCCUGUUCGGCUCUUCGAGGGAAAUUUUCCAAAUACAGUCCAACAACACGUCGGCUCCAGAAACAUCUGGAGAAUACCACGAGAGCCCAGAUACCAUCGGAAGUCACCGAAUUGCGCCGUAUCACCAUCCUGAGACAGUACGGAUUCUGGAAGGUAAGGGGCCUUUUUUGCUUGAUGCGAGAGACAUCAGCCUUUCCCAAUUCCGGGGCAGGCGAGGCGACUCCGACGAUACAAUCACGUUGGGGAGUUCAGAACAGCUUCAGUCGAUGCUUCGCCGAAACAGGGUCGAUGGAAACGCAGCCGAAGGACAGGUUCAUCCGUGGUCAUCCGGAGUCUUCAAUAAGUGUGCAGAUGAAAUCGUGACAUCCCUUCGCAAUAUUCAGGGUGCAGCCGCCGCAGGCCGGAGCGAAGGGCAGCCCUUGCCUGGCGUGAUCAAGGGUGCUGCCGCGGGUGCGAACGAAGAGCAAGUUUCGCCUGUUGUGAUAGAGGGAGCCACCGCCGCAGGUGAUAGAGAAGAUAAGCCAUCACCUGAAGAGAUAGAGGAUAACAUCAUCUCGUUGCUCGAGACCAUGGGGACCGUUGGAAAGAAUAGUCGUAGGCGGGGACAAGAAAAAUUGGCAUCGCCCGGAUGUGCUCGACCUGCGCCUCACAUAGAGAGUGCCGGUUCCGGGGACCGUUCUUCGUCGGUGGCAAGCCCGCUGCCAUCUCUGUCGAUCGUAGAUCCCACGGGCACUGGAAGCAAGCAGAAGCGCUUUGGAAAGCUUGGACGCUGGUGGAAGGGAAUUUUAAAGCGCUAGGUAGGUGUGACUCUUGAGGUCUUCUGAACUUGUUGGAAGGCUGUUGUUCGAGAUAGGGG